AUGGCGCUGCAUGAGACCCCGAUGCUGCGGGGUCCGCCCGGCGUGACUAGCGAGUCGGGACUCGCGCCCAGAGCUGAGCCUGAAGAUGAAUAUCUGGAAGACGAUGACUUUGAAGAUGCAGUUGAAGAUCCAACAACUGCGGAGCCUUCCAUAAGCCUACGUGAAGCGUUGUCGGACUGCCAAAGAGCUAUUACUCUUUUCUUCAACAAUGAUUUAGCAGAAGCAAUUGCGAUUAUGAGGCCAUGGAGACAAGUAUCCCUUUAUCAUGCUCACGGGGCAGCAAUUUUCGAAUUCAUCCCGGCGUUGUUGACUCUCGAGCCAUCACAGAUCCAGCGUGCUCAAGACGCCUUACGUCAUACAUUUAAUUUAUGUUCAAGAGAGCGCAGAAAUUAUAGUUUUGUUCAGUCUAUUGGAGCAAUUAUAAAAAAGCCGAACUAUGGUGGGUAUACUGAAGAGGAAGCCCACGCGGAAUUGAUUCAUUCAGAGGCGAUGUUGCUGUCCGCGUGUCUCAAUACUUUAGAAGGCGAAGAAGUGAGUAGCUUCCUCAGGGCCUCCAUGCGAGUCAAAUCGUCUUAUAAUGGCUAUAGGACCUGUGCCAAGAUUUUAGAAAAAAAAGAAUGGGAAGAUGAGUCAUCUCGCGUACACUUCGAAAGCGGUGUACGCCUUGGUCUUGCCACAUUUAACGUAAUGAUUGCGAUGUUGCCACCCAAAGUUAUUGCUUUAUUAGAAUUCGUCGGGUUUUCUGCUGAUAAGGAGAAAGGCAGGGAGGAACUUAUGGUUGGGGCCACUUCACCGGGAUUGCGCUCAGUACUCUGCCAGCUAACAUUGCUGAUAUACUAUUUAGUGAUUGGCCAGUUCGCUGCUAUACCACCUGACUUCAUCGUAGCUGAGAUGUUGAUCAACAAUGGCUUACGAGAAUUCCCAAAUAGCGUAUGGUUCACAAUGUUCAAAGCUCGAAUGCAAAUGUUGAGAGGAAUGAUUGAGGAUGCAGUCGUUACUUACGAAACUGCGUCAAGUACUACCGAUAUGUGGCCUCAACUGAAACAUCUCACUUACUGGGAAAUGAUAUGGGCUUUAGCCAUGAUGCUGAAGUGGGAGGAAGCGGCAAAAUACGCAUUUUUUCUAUCGGAACAUAGCAAGUGGUCGAAAACAAUUUACGUAUACACUGAAGCCGCAAUGACUUUGGAACGUGGACAUUUACUAAGCAUUGACGCACGUAAACGCGCGGCCGAUCUCCUAAUGAGUGCGUCAUGUUAUAGGCAAAAGAUUCUAGGGCGGUCUCUGCCCAUGGAGAAGUUUGUGAUCCGUCGUUGUGAGCGUUGGUCCCGACGAGGCUAUCUGGUGCUGCCCGGCGUCGAACUGAUAUGUUUAUGGAAUAUUUUUCCACAUCUAGCCGCCGAGCCACACUACGCUGACCGAAUGCUUAAGCUCAUAGAACAGACGAACGACGAAGUAUAUAACGUGAUACACUCGAAGUACGGUAUAGACGCGGAGACAAGAUACACUCCGGCGUACGAUUUAGACGACUUAGCUCUUGUACGAUACCUACGCGGGAGUUUGUUAGCCGCCAUGUCUUUGCCAAGACUGGCUAUUAGGCAUUUGGAAGCCGUCUUAAAAAUGAAAGAUGAUAUCAAAGAUAACACAUACCUGCUUCCGUACACGACGGUAGAGAUCGCCAUGUGUCACUAUGGAUUAGGAGAUCGGUAUAGAGCCGUGGAAAUGUUACAAGACGCUAGAAAAAGAUACUCCGGAUAUUUACUCGAGUCACGGCUGCAUUUCCGCAUACACGCUAAACUAGAACUCAUCCAUGCGGGGGCAGAGAACACCGUUAUAGCUGGCACUACUGCGGGGGAAGUUGCUUUAGCAAACGUCCAUGCUCUAAGAGCUGGGGGCAGAGAGGGUAAUGGUAAUGGGGGCUCA